GCAGCCAACGUGUAUUGCAGCAAGCUUAACGAAGCAUUGCAUGCAGCAACCAACAUGUAUUACAGCAAGCAUAACGAAGCAUCAAAGUAAACUGUAGCCACUGGAUGAUAAAGGCGAUGGCCAUGAACCUGAGGUCUGGAAGUUUGGAACGGUCAGCGGACAAGCCAACCAUUGCCGAACUGAAGAAGUCGAGGCAAGCCAUUUCUGCAGAAUGCGUCGUGUUAUGAUGUUGCUGCAAAGCUCCCCAAGUGUAGGGAGUGUUGGAUGACGCCGAACCAGAGGAAGAAGAAAAUGCCAAACAGUCUCUGUCGCUUCUACGCAUUCAGAAAGCUACGCUUUGACAAGAAUGGCAUUGUGCUCAGUGGUGGCUUCUCGGAACCAAGUGAUGCUUCAGAUGAAGAUUUAAAGCUCUGGUUUCCUCCAUUGGAUCAUGCACCCAAAGACUUGAAUGUUAAGACUGCAAAAAUCAUACUGUCCCAUGUUGGCAACCAGUUUUUUGAUCUCGUGGAGCAAGAGAGGGAAGCACAGUUUUUACACAUGGGCGAAGAUAAGACCAUAUUGUGGAAGCGCGUUGUGCAAGGUGUGCGGGAACUAUGUGAUGUCUGUGAUACAACUCUCUUCAACACUCACUGGGUGUGUCGCAAUUGCGGCUUUGUGGUGUGUAUAGACUGCUACAAGGCAAAGAAGAAUGGCACAGUGAAAGCUGAGGACACCCCUCGGAAAGACAAAGAUGAGUUCCAGUGGCUCCUGUGUGCCAAUCGACAGCCGCACGAACAGGAUAAACUGAUGAUGACACAAAUAAUACCUAGCACAGCUUUUUGGGACGUCAGCCAAGACCUGCUCCGGAGACGCCAUGAGUGGAACAGCGACUGCAAGAAAAACUCCUCUAAAAGUCUCUGCAAGCAACUCAUGAGUGCUGUCAACAAGAGCUUCUCUGAGAAGGAGAACAGUGCAGUCAACGAUGAAACGGGGCAGGCCGGAAAGCGCGAAAAGCAAGCUGUGAAUGACAACGCCAACACGUCCUCUGAUGCAAUAGGUGGCAGCCAUAGCUCUGACAGCGUAGGCACUCUUCUGUCGGCCUUGGCAGAUCUAGCACUGUACUCCCCUAGCAAAGUUGAUGACAAAAGUGAUCAGCAGCAGGGGAGUGAAGCUGGUGAUGACGAGAAGGGUGAAGACUUUUCCCCACUGCGUGAACUUCGCCCUACUGGUGGUAGUGCUGAAAAGAGCCAGGUGGAUGAAGUAGUUGCAACAGCAGUGGAGCAUUUGGUGGGCAAGGAAAGAUGAACAGCAACUGGUGCAUUUCUGCCAACGCUUCCCCAGCCCACAAAAGGGCUGUGAAGUCUUGCCUGUACGUGGCAGCCUAGCCGAGACCUCACUGCUUUACCCCAACGUUCCCCAUUCGUGGCUCUGCGAUGGAAAGUUGCUUGUACUUCAUGAUCCAAGAAACAAGCACAACUUGACCAUAUUCCAGGAGCAGUGGAAGCGA